UCAGUUUCCCCAGUGGUCACCUUUGAAAAGGGAAAAAUGUGUGAAAAUAGGCAACGCUGAAUAUAAACCACUUAAUUCAGCCUCCGCUCCUGUGAGGGCGUGGGGGAAAGCCAGUGGAAGAGGGGCUAGAGAGGAGGAAGAGGCGGGAGGUGCGGCGGUUCACAGGUGACGCUCCUCCCGCCUCCCAAGCAGAGCUCCAGGCGCACAUCCGCAGUCAGCCACCUCGCGUGCGCCUCCAGGAGCGAGGAUGGAGAGGCUGGUGAUCAGGAUGCCCUUCUGUCAUCUGUCUACCUACAGCCUGGUUUGGGGCAUGGCAGCAGUGGUGCUGUGCGCAGCACAAGUGCAAGUGGUGACCCAGGAUGAAAGAGAGCAGCUGUACACUCCUGCUUCCUUAAGAUGCUCUCUGCAAAAUGCCCAGGAAGUCCUGAUUGUGACAUGGCAGAAAAAGAAAGCUGUAAGCCCAGAAAACAUGGUCACCUUCAGCGAGAACCAUGGGGUGGUGAUCCAGCCUGCCUAUAAGGACAAGAUAAACAUUACCCAGCUGGGACUCCAAAACACAACCAUCACCUUCUGGAAUAUCACCCUGGAGGAUGAAGGGUGUUACAUGUGUCUCUUCAAUACCUUUGGUUCUGGGAAGAUCUCAGGAACAGCCUGCCUCACGGUCUAUGUACAGCCCAUAGUAUCCCUUCACUACAAAUACUCUGAAGACCACCUAAACAUCACUUGCUCUGCCACUGCCCGCCCAGCCCCCAUGAUCUUCUGGAAGGUCCCUCGGUCAGGGUUUGAAAAUAGUACAGUGACUCUGUCUCACCCAAAUGGGACCACAUCUGUUACCAGCAUCCUCCAGAUCAAAGACCCUAAGAAUCAGGUGGGGAAGGAGGUGAUCUGCCAGGUGCUGCACCUGGGGACUGUGACUGACUUUAAGCAAACCUUCGACAAAGGCUAUUGGUUUUCAGUUCCACUAUUGUUAAGCAUUGUUUCCCUGGUAAUUCUCCUGGUCCUAAUCUCAAUCUUACUGUACUGGAAACGUCACCGGAAUCAGGAUCGAGGUGAAGCCCUAAAUGAGUCACACAGCACCCUGAAAGUGAUUCCCUGGUCUACUUGAAUUUGACACGAGAGAAAAGCAGGAGGAAAAGGGGCCAUUCUCCAAAGGACCUGAAAGAGCAAAAGAGGUGGGAGCGAAAGCCUUAAGGAUCCCACGACUUUUUACUGCCAUCUGAGCUACUCAGUGUUUGAAUCCCAAGAGGAAGUCAUUUUACCUCUCAGGUCUGUUGUAGGACUUGAUUUUGUAAAGCAAUGCCAUGUUAUGUGGUUGAAAGAGCACUGGACUUAGUAUCAGGAGCACUGAGCUCAUAGACUGACUUGGACUCCUACUGGUGGGGACCUCUGUUAGUCACUUUACCUCAUCCAAAGUAUAAAGGAAUUGGACCAAAUAAUUUACCACAUAGCUCUAAAACUUAAUUUAAAAUGUAAUUCUAGAAAAAAAAAAAGGGAAUAAGCAAAGAGGAAAGAAGUGAAAGAGAGAGAGAAGAAAGAAUACAGAGAGAUGACCUUUUGCCUUUCUGUUGAUGUUAUAUCCCUUCUUCCUAUAUUCUUAGGUCUAUGAGUCUGUUUCCCCAUCAUUUGGUAUCUAGUCCACUUCCUGCUUACUGCUUUGCUAAUAGCUGGCCUUGCUAGAAUCAUUGGUUUCACUGCUGUUCUUCAUGUGCUUCUGUGAGAUUUACUCCAACAAAAAUAGGACUGAAUUUAUUGUGAAGUAACAUUGGCAAUCUUAACUUAUUCAUUUAGCUUACCUAUUUUUAUAGCUGGAUAAAUAUUGUUAGUCUUAGAAUAGCUCACAUUUUUUGAGAAGCAUGCUUUCCCUGUCCAUUUGUCUCAUAACAUGACCCAGCCCUAUUUUAAGUCAUUCUAAAUUCAGCCUCAUAUAAUGAAAAUACAUUAUGAAAACAGAUGUUUAGGAGAUUUCCUGUAUAGCAGUCAGCCAAUUCAUAUGCUUUGUCUCUGCUGACUUCUGUUGCCAUGCAUUAACUUUUCAUAAUAGCAGAGGAGGCAAAUAUGAGCAUACAAUCCCUUUGUUCUAAAGAUAUUGUUCCAGCUAGUGGAAUGAUGUUGAAUCUUUAAUAACCGUAAGACCAAAUUAGUUGCUUUUUCAGUAUCUUUUGCUUUGUCUGUGUCUAUCCAGUGGCCUAGGAAUUAAAGUGUAAGUUGUUUUCACUGUUAUAUUGGAUAUUUAUAUAUAGAGAGAGCGCGCAAGAUUUUCAUGUGUUAUUUAAUUCUGUAUUGUUUCUUAUAUUUGUAGUAAAAUAUUGAACAAUUAAAAGUGUUGGCUCCAAA